AUGCGUAUCAAACUACUCUCCCUUCUAAUCCUAUUCAUAGUUCUUACUGUGGUUAUGAGUGUUCCGACGACCUCCUCCUCCUCAUCAAAUAGAGAACAAAAAGGGCAAGGAGAAGACGAUGAGGGAUCAUUUGCGAAGCCGGUGAAGAACGGAAAAACAUUCGCGAACCCACCAUCAUUCAAAAACUGGGGAGGACUACCCGGUCUAUCCGAUGUCUACAGAUUCAAAUUCAAGGAGACAGACCGUGAGAAUGUGCCAACGGACAAGCGACUUCUCGACGUGGAAAUCCCAGUUCAUUCCAUCAAAGCUUCGGAUUUCCACAGUGAAAGUGACCUGUUCGCCACCUGGUUGGGACACGCCACAGUUCUUGUGAAUCUGGAGGGAGUAAACUUCAUAACGGACCCGGUUUGGGCUGAAAGAGCAUCAUUCACAAGUCUAGUUGGUCCGAAGAGAUAUCGUCCUCCGCCGAUGAAAAUAAAAGAUUUGCCGGAUUUGGAUUUUGCUGUCGUUUCUCACGAUCAUUACGAUCAUUUGGAUGCAGAGGCUGUCAAGAAGAUUACAGACUUGAAUCCCCAAAUCAAAUGGUUCGUCCCGAUGGGAAUGAAGAGUUGGAUGGAGAAUGCUGGAAUCGGAGUCGAUGGAUGCUCGUCAGUCACCGAACUCAGCUGGGGAGAGAGUGCUGAAUUCGAGAAGGACGGAAAGAAAUUCCAAGUUUGGUGCUUGCCAGCUCAACAUUGGGGGCAACGGGGACCAUUCGAUCGGAAUCGUCGUCUUUGGUCGGGAUGGGCGGUGAUUGGAGCGAAGAGAAGAUUCUAUUAUUCUGGUGACACUGGAAAUUGUGAUAGUGAAUUCAAGAAGUUUGGUGAUAAACUUGGUCCAUUCGAUUUGGCGGCGAUUCCGAUUGGUGCAUAUGAACCGAGAUUUUUUAUGAAAUCGCAGCAUAUCAAUCCAGAAGAAGCAAUUGAAGUUCACAAACUGAUUCGGGCGAAGAAUAGUAUUGGAAUACAUUGGGGAACCUAUCAUAUGGGAUCUUAUGAAUACUAUUUGGAGCCAAGAGACAAAUUAAAAGAGUUGAUGGAUUCUCGUGAAGAUCUCAAGAAUACUAGUUUUGUGACAAUUGAAAUGGGCAGAAUUUGGGAGGCGCCAGAUGAUGCAUAA